AUGCAUGAACGUGCUGAAAAGGAAGAAGAAAAGUCAAGAAAAGUAUGUUCGGAAAUGGACAGCGAAAUUGAACCUAUAAUUAUACGACUUGAUGAAAACAAUGACAUAAGUGAUUCCAGUAGUAAUUCAUACACAGUCGCCACGAAUCUUUUGUCUAAACAAAUAACAAAUGAGUCGCAAUCAUCGACUUCUUCCGCGCACGGGUCUACCAUCUUAUCGCCAUCUCCGUUUCCAAUUCCGAAUCUCGCAGCUGUAGAAGGUGGGGAUAAUCUUCAAACAACGCCAUCAGCACCUCUUAUUAAUUUAACAACCUCACCAUCCGUACUUCCUCAAGCAACAUCAACGACGCCUCUCAUGAAUCAACCUAUCUCACAAUCCGCGUCUCAUCAACCAAAUCAAUCGGGCUCACAUUGGAAUCCAAGCCUUCCGGCCAUCUCAUUGCCUACCUUUCGAGGAUCUGUCGAUAAGUGGUUGGAGUUCUAUGAUUUAUUCAAUUCACUAGUACAUGAGGAUAACAGUAUACCGCCUAUUCGCAAAUUAUUUUAUUUGAAAGGCUGUCUAGCCGGUGAAGCCGCCGGUGUUAUAUCAUCUAUCGAGUUAUCUGCUCAAAAUUAUCUAACUGCGUGGAACUUACUAAAAGAACGUUAUGACGAUAGAAAAUUCAUUCGGGACAGUUACGUCAAAUCAUUAAUAGAUAUCCCUUGUAUUUCAAGGGAAUUCUCGACGCGUUUGUUUCUUGAUCAAAUUCAGAAAAAUGUUAGAUCUCUCCAGGCCUUAGGAGAACCCGUCGAGCAUUGGAACGCGUUAUUAAUCGUAUUGCUCCGCGAUAAAUUCAAUAAUUUUCUUCGCGAGAGAUGGGAAGACUAUAGUAAUGACUUGCGCAACCCAACAUUAAAUCAAAUGAUCUCAUUCUUAAACCGAAGAGCUCAGCUCGAGAGCUCAAAACCCCAGGUCACUACUCCUAAAGGACAAAACUCUCAAGACAAGCCCAAGUCUUUUAAUUCUCAGUCUAAUUCGCGAUCUCAGCAUGCAUACAUUGCCACUACCUCUCGUAAUCAAUGCCUCCAUUGCGAAGGUAAUCAUUACCUCAGUAUGUGCACCAAAUUUCUGGCAAUGAAUCCCUCUCAGCGAUACGAGACUUCAAAGAAGGGAGGAUGGUGCAUCAAUUGCCUACGCAAGGGGCAUCGCGCGGCUCAAUGCACUUCUGGAAAUUGUCGCAAUUGCAGCCAGAGACAUCACACUCUCUUACACUUCGAUAAGCCGAACGUCGGCAACUCUAACGUCACGGACACUGCUUUAUUCCCAUCGCCUAGUAGUCCUAGCAUCAAUUUGCACGCACACGUAUCCUCCGAGGCAGUGCUGGCUACCGCGCUAGUAGACCUCAUAAAUAGUCAGGGAAAAACGAAAACUUGUCGGGUAUUUUUAGACGCUGGGUCUCAAGCCCACUUCAUCACAGAAAGUGCGGCCCAAUUUUUAAAUUUGGAGCUCAAGUCUGUAAACAUUGCAGUUUCUGGACUGGAUGAUUUAUCUACCACCAUCAAACAUUCGACCACUGCGGUAAUUAAAUCUCGUCACAACAAAUAUCAAAAAACCGUAGAAUUUCUGGUCAUACCCCGAAUCAAUACAACAAUGCCUUCCAUUCCUAUCAAUCCUGCGCUUCUGGAAAUUCCGAAGAAUAUUCCUUUAGCUGAUCCAGAAUUCUUCAGGCCAUCUACGGUCGAUGCUCUCAUUGGUGUCAAAUUAUUCUAUAAGCUUCUUAGCGUUGGUCAAAUUGCUCUAAAAAAUCAUCCCAAUGCAGUUCUUCAAAAAACGCAGCUGGGAUGGAUAGUUGCAGGUGAGAUCGACAAUCAAUCCACGGCGCAAAAUAUAGUGUGCCAUCUAAGCAUCCGUGCGUCCUCAUCGGAUCUCGAUCUCUCUCGGUUUUGGGAACUAGAAGAAGUUCCAUCCAACAGGGUCUUCUCUCCUGAAGAGAGCGCCUGUGAGGAACAUUACAAACUCCACACUACGAGGGAUAACUCAGGUCGAUAUGUCGUCAGAUUACCGUUUAAUCAUAAAAUACAUAGACUCGGAGAAUCUUAUUCGUCAGCACUAAGACGAUUGUACUCACUGGAAGCUCGUUUCCAGAAAAAUCAAGAUCUCAAGCGUGAUUAUUCAGGCUUUUUAGCUGAAUAUCUAGAUUUAAAGCACAUGUCUCUGUCAAAAGACCAAGAGAGCAUCUCUUCUGGCUUUUACCUUCCUCACCACGCCGUAUUUAAGCACGACAGCUUGACGACGAAACUUCGUGUAGUUUUUGAUGGUUCUGCAAAGACCUCCACUGGUAUCUCUUUAAAUGACACGCUGAUGGUUGGUCCAAAGCUCCAAGAUGACCUAUUUGUCACUCUAACUCGUUACCGCUCUCAUGUCUACGCUCUCACAGCAGACGUGGAGAAAAUGUAUCGUCAGGUUCGUGUUCAUCCUGAUGACGCUAUCUAUCAAAAGAUUCUCUUUCGAGAAAAUCCUCAUGCGCCUACUCUCAUGUACGUGCUCGAUACCGUAACUUACGGAACUGCAAGUGCUUCUUACUUGGCAAUUCGAUCCUUGCAGCAAUUAGCUGAGGACGAAGGCGGUCCUUAUCCACUCGCAUCCAUAGCAUUAAAAAGGGAUUUUUAUGUCGACGAUCUACUCACUGGUGCGAGUACGCUCAUAGAAGCAGAAAGGCUGCGUGAUGAGCUAAUUCAGUUGCUAGAAAAGGCUGGAUUUCAUCUUCGUAAAUGGGCAUCCAAUCACCCCUCUUUAAUAACCAACUAUCCUGAGCAUCCAGACAGCGCUCACCUAUCUCUCGACCUUGAAGCCACGGUAAAAACCCUGGGUACUCAUUGGAACUCUCGCAAUGACACGCUAUUCUACAGCGUAAAUUUAUCCGCAUCUGAAGCUGUCUCGAACCGAGCUAUUUUAUCGCAAAUUGCUAAAUUAUUUGAUCCCUUGGGUUUACUUGGCCCUGUCAUCGUGUACGCCAAAAUAAUUAUUCAACUCUGUUGGAAGUUGGGCGUAACUUGGGAUGAAUCGGUUCCGUUAGAUAUUCAUAACAUGUGGGUAUCGUAUCGCGAUCAACUACCUUCCCUGGAAAGGUUAAGCUUUCCGCGUUGUCUUAUAAUUCCAGAACCAAUUGACAUUCAGCUUCAUGGAUUUUGCGAUGCCAGCGAAAAGGCUUACGGCGCUUGUAUAUACGUGCGAUCCACUGAUCGGCAAGGUAUGGUGCACGUACGUCUUAUAUGCUCCAAAUCUCGCGUUGCACCGGUCAGUACCGUAAGCUUACCGCGGCUGGAGCUCUGCGGUGCGCUCCUGCUCUCGCGCCUGUGCGCUACGGUGCGGGAGUCUCUUCUACUUAAGAUUAACGAUAUUCAUCUGUGGUCCGAUUCUACUAUCACCUUACACUGGAUAAAUACUUCACCCCAUCUCCUUAAAACCUUCGUCGCAAACCGAGUCGCUGAAAUUCAGAGACUCACAGGCGCUUGUCACUGGCGGCAUACGCUAUCAUAA